AUGGCUUCAUCUCAUCCUUGGACUAAUCUACCAGGUCAACUUUAUUCAAUCUUUCCCGUCUUCGACGAACUGAUUGACAAAGAUCCUCAAUAUAAUGCUUUUAUAAAGACUCCAGCGAUUCUAUCUCAGAUUGUCUUUGGGAUUGGCACAGCUUUGUCAGAUAAAAUCAUAAUUAUUGCCAUUGAUAAUGGCAAAUGUCAUGCUAAAGCCGGUAAUGCCCAGGAGGCUUCAUUUAUACUAUCGGCUUCACCUGAACACUGGGAGCAGUUUUUCCAACCAAUCCCAGUGGCUCCAUUCCAAAGUUAUUGGGGUAUGUUAGGAAUGAAUAUCAAGCAGGAAGGUACUCAGGUUCAAGGAGAUCAAAUAUCCUUCACUCAGCAUACCCAUAUUUGGAGACGUGUCCUUGAAGUCCUUCAUGACGCAUAUUGCGGGCCGAUGCAAGUGGACGAGGAGCUUGAAAUGGAUGAGGAUUAUGUUAUUGGCCGUUAUGUAUACCUAACUAUCCCAACAUGGGGAAGAUGCAAAGUAUUUUACGAACAAAGCGGUUUCGGAGAACAAGACAUAGUGUUCCUCCAUACCGCCGGUGCAGAUGGUCGGCAAUAUCAUGGCGUUAUGAAUCAUGCUACAAUGCGGGAGAAGUGCAAUAUGAUAGCUUUUGAUCUACCAGGUCAUGGAAAAAGCUUCCCUCCUCAAAAUUAUUGUCCCGGUGAUUACACAAACACCGAAGAUAGCUAUGUUGGUGCUAUCGCAGCCAUAAUUAAGAAGUUAAAUUUGAAAAAGCCUAUAAUAUGUGGAGCAUCUAUGGCUGGUCAAGCUUGCCUAGCUGUAGCGACUAGAGCUGAUGAAGUGGGUGCCGGUGGAGUAAUUCCACUGCAAGGUUGCGAUUAUCUCAACAUGGAUCGUCACUUUAACGAUCUAUCACCUUACAUCAACCAAUCCCUUUUCAAUCCCGAAUGGAUUUACGGAAUGCUAUCACCAACCACCCUUCUCCCCAACAAACAACUAAUCUGGCACCUAUACAGCCAACAAGCCUACGGAAUCUUCCACGGCGAUUUAAAUUUCUACUUUGGAGGUUUCGACGGACGCGUCCGAGUCUCCAAUAUCGAUACAAAAAAAUGUCCAGUGUAUAUGUUAACGGGUGAAUAUGAUUGGAGUAAUACUCCAGCGAUAGCUCAAGCUACUUGUGAUAAAAUUCUAGGUGCUAAACAUGUUUCUAUGUCUGGUAUGGGUCAUUUCCCCGCUACGGAAAAUCCGGAGAGGUUUGUUUUGUUUUUGUUGGAGGCUGUGGAUUGGAUUCGAUGGAGUAGAGGAUACUUGGAUUUGUUGGGGGUUAUUGGAUGA